AUGCAGAGUAUAUUUAGAAACACAUUUGCGAGCCGAAGCAGGCUGGCUGCCAAUUGUUCGCAUGGUACCAGAUCGCUAGCAUCCUUAGCAUCGUCGAGCAGCACCACUGGAUCUGUUCGUAACAUGGCUGUUCGUAGCCAAAUGACCCUAAAACCCAGUUCAGUAGCAUCAUUUUCAACCAAGAUCGCAACCAGAUCAUUAAAAACCAGUUCAUUAACGACCAGUUCAUCGUUACUCCUGUCAAGCCAUGGUCUUCGAACCCAGUUGAUAUCACACGCGAGUCAAAGCCAGAAAAGACAUGCCACAUUGAACCAGAUUCGCCGUCGAGGUAACUUUAAAACGCUGAAAAAGCGUCAAAAGGCCAAAUUUUCCGAGUCACCAGAUCUUGAAGGAGCUCCACAACGACGAGGAGUGGUGAUCCGAGUGACGACCAUGAAACCCAAGAAACCCAAUUCAUCCAACCGAAAAAUCUGUAGAGUCCGAUUAACCACCGGCAAAGUGAUCACCGCGUUCAUUCCUGGCGAGGGCCACAACGCCCAAGAACACAGUGUAGUGGCAGUUCGCGGUGGCCGAACCCAAGAUUUGCCCGGAGUCAAAUACAAAUGCAUCCGAGGAGCCUACGAUCUCAGCGGAGUGCCUAACCGCCGCAACGCUCGCAGUAAAUACGGCACCAAAAAGCCUGCUGCUCCAGCAUCCUCCUAA